AUGAACGGUCUAUUUAUAUUUCGUCGUAUUUUAUCAAUCUCAUUAUCAUCGAAAGGAAUCUAUCCAAUAAUGAAGAAACUUUCUCAAGAUUCACUUAAUAAUUCUUCUACACAAACAUCACUUAUUCAAUCAUAUAUACAACGUCAGGCCAUUAAUAAAGCUUAUCGUUUGUUUUUAAAUAUGACCAAUAAAUCAAAUGAUAUUUACAGAAUUAUGAUCAAAGGUCUUGUUUCAAAUAAUAUGUUGGAAAAAGUACUUGACUUAUUUGAUGAUAUUAAUAUUCAACCAAGUCCCAUUAUUCUUACUAUGUUAUUUGGUGUUUGUGCUCGAAUUAAUAAUGAUCGGGCUAAAGAAACAGGAAAAAAAUUUCUCAAUCAAGCAUCAAAUGAAAUGCUAAACGAUAAUAUUCUACUUACUUCAGCAAUCAACAUGCUCAUGAAAUUCGGCGAUGUUAAAAAUGCUGAAGAUUAUUUUGAUAUAAUAAAGAACAAGAAUAUUAUUACUUAUGGUGCAAUGUUGAAAGGAUAUACAUUAAAUAAUAUGUGUGAUAAAGCAUUAGAUUUAUAUGAACAGAUAAAAUUGAAGCACAAUAAUAUUACUUAUACCAUUUUGUUGAAUGCAUGUGCUCAACUUUCAACUAAUCGAGCAAAAGAAAUUGGAAAGAAACUUCUUCAUCAAAUAUCAAAAGAUCUUCCACAUGAUAAUAUUCUACUUACUUCAGCUUUAGAUAUGUUAAUGAAAUUUGGUGAUAUUAAAAAAGCUGAAGAACUUUUUCAUUUAAUAAAAACUAAAGAUAUUAUUAUCUAUGGAGCAAUGAUGAAAGGUUAUACAUCAAAUAAUAUGUGUGAGAAAGCAUUAGAUUUAUAUCAACAAGUUCAAUUAAACCAUAAUAAUAUUACUUAUUCUAUUUUAUUUAACACAUGUGCUGAACUUUCAACUAAUCGAGCAAAAGAAAUUGGAAACAAACUACUUCGUGAAAUGCCAAAGAAAUUCAAAGAGUACAACUAUAUAAAUAAUUCCGCUAUAGAUAUGCUAAUGAAAUUUGGCGACAUUAAAAAUGCUGAAAUUUUAUUUCAAACAAUCAAAAAGAAAGAUAUUAUUACUUAUGGUGCUAUGAUGAAAGGUUAUAAUAUAAAUAAUGAACCAUUAAAAAGCUUGAAACUUUUCGAAGAAAUGAAAAAAAAUAAUAUAAUAAUCGAUGAAAUCAUAUCCAUCAUAUUGAUUGAUACAUGUGCUAAAAUUGGUAUUCGUUCAAUGUGUCAAUCAAUUGUUAAUCAAAUCUCACCACAUUUACUUGAUAAUCAACAAAUAAAGAAUGCAUUAAUUAGUAUGUGGGGUAAAGCUGGUCUAGUCAAAAAUGCUCAACAAAUAUUUGAAUUGGUCGAUCAACCUGAUGUUAUUACAUAUAAUGCAAUGAUUAAUGCUUAUGGAAAGAAUCUUUUGGGUUUAGAAGCUGUUGAUUUAUAUCGAAAGAUGCCUGUGAACUUACGCGAUAAAAUUUCAUAUGUUUCUGUAUUAAAUGCAUGUUCACAUUCAGGUCUUUUUGAUGAAGCUUAUUCCAUCUUUAAUAAAAUUUCAAAUAAAACAAAAAAUGUCGUUACUACAAUGGUUGAUUGUGCAAGUCGUCUUUUUUUAUUUGAUGAAGCAAAAAAACUCAUAGAAGAUUAUGAAAAGUAUAAUGCACCAUAUUCAGUAAUGUACAUGGCACUUUUAUCUGGUGCACGUAAUGCUCGAAACUCUCAUUUAUCAAAAGAAGUUUAUCAAAAAAUAAAAGUAUUAUUUCCAAAUGAAAAAAAUGUUUUAAUAUCUGCGUCAAUUCUUCUUUGUAAUAUAUCCUCAUCGUUAGGACGUCACGAAGAAGCACAAACUAUUCGAUUAGAUCGAAUUAAAGAAUUAGGAAAUAAAGUUAAAGCAGGUUUAUCAUGGACUGAAGUUAAUGGAGAAGUAGUGCAAUUCACAGCUCAUGAUCAGUCUCAUCCUCGAUCAAAAGAAAUCUAUGCUGAGGCUCAACGAAUAUCAUCUGAACUAAUUAAAUAUGGGCAUGUUCAUGAUGCAAGUUGGAUUACUCGUCCAUUACGUGAACAUGAAACAGCUGAAUCUGUUUUAUGUUCGCAUAGUGAAAGGUUGGCUAUUGCCUUCAAUUUUAUCGAAGGAAGAAAACCAUCUUCCAUUCAAAUCACGAAUAAUCUUCGUGUUUGUGGUGAUUGUCAUCAAGCUACAAAAUUAAUUGCCAAAAUCCGGCAAGUGGAGAUUGUAGUUCGUGAUGCUAAUUGUAUUCACCAUUUUUCAACGAAUGGCACAUGUUCAUGUCAAGACCAUUUCUAG